UCCCAUCCAUCCUUCCCAUCCGCCGCCACCCGACCAACUCCCCUCUUCCUCAGGAUCUCCCUCGCUCCAAAUCAGCAACCACCACUUUCCCCUCCUCGAUUUUGGCACCGAACGAACUAGUCACUCCUCUCGAUCCACCUACCAGCAGCGCCUGUGCUCCCAUCACCCUCAAGCUCCCACCUCCAGAUCGAGUAGGAGGCUCGAUGGCGAGCUCCUGAAGCCCACCAUGCCAAGCGCCUCGUCUAGGGACUCUGCACCGUUCCCCUGCUUUCUCCCUUGUGUCUCUUCCCUCCCUCCUGUGCUGAUCUACCUUCCCGUCUCUCUCCUCUUGCAGCAAUCAGCAGGAACCCUGACAGCCGAGCUUCGCAGCGCCGCCCUCGACCAGGAGCCCCGCCUGACUCCAUGGCCGUCGUCCCGAACCUCUCCUUCGCCCGCGCUGCCGCCAUGGAUUGGAUCCGGCCGGAGCUUCUCAUCCGCCUCACCUCCCGUCCUGGCUGCAAGCUACCGCCGCCCGGAUCCUCCCUGAGCUCCAAGUUCUCGCGCCGCCGUGCCUGCUGCUUGCUUCAUCGACCCGAGCACGCCCGUCCCUCCGCCACCACGCUAGUAACCGCCGCUGCCAUGGUCUACUGCUUUGCCAAGUCCCUGCACACGCCCCUGCCCUGGCGCCUUGGCCUCGAACACUGCCGCCCUGCGUCGCCUGAAGCCGCCGUGCCAUGCCUGAGUCGAGCGCGAGCUCGAGGUCGAGCCGCUGAACGCGCCCAUCCUGUAGCUGCAUCCUCACUGUCUUCCGCACCCCCGUCGGCCCUUUGCAGCCACGAUUGCCGCUGCUGUGCUCGUCUGUGUCCCCGGCUUCGUCAACCACCGCCUCCUCCUCUGCUUCGAGCAGGAGGACGAGAAGCGCCCGAUCCGUUUUGUCCUCUCGUCAAUGCCCACGCGUGGCCUCUGCGCUCGUUGACUGCAACUGGGUCGGCCUCGCCCCAGGCCCAGCUCACCCUCCAUCGCCCAGCGCCAGGAAGGCCCAGCCCCGCGCCGCUUCUUCCUCAGCCCAGCGGUUCCUCUCCAGAUCUGGGCCGAAGCCCAUGGUUGGAUCCUGUAACGUCGCGUUUGUGAGGAUCCGUUCGUCUACGUCUGUUU